UUGAUACCAAAUGCAACGUGUGAGGUGAGGUGUCCCAGAAAGUAUAAUGCACACAAUUCCAAUGGACAAGUGCUUUCUCUAAAUCAAAAGUGGAGGUGAAGAGAGCCCACAAUGAAGAAAGUAGGAAGAAUGCCAUCUCUUUUUAAGUAGCUAUGAAAUAUAUUGGAUCAAGUUCAGUUUUGAGUUGCUUCUGUCCAAGAUUCUAUGCUUCACAAGGCCACUUUCCUAAGGGCAUUUUCUUUAUAAGGACAUCUUUGAGUACAACCAAGGCUUGUGAAAAUCUUGUCAAGGAGAAAAAAGACAUGCAAGAGCAGUUGUAGAAACUUUCAUGUAUUUUAGUUGAAACACCAAAGAAGUGCUCUUCAAGAAUACAGGACAAUCAAAUUUCACUUUAGCUGUUUGUAUCCAGAAGGAGUAAUACUCAACAGAUAAUGUACUAUCAGCAGCAGCAACAAGCUAAGAACAUGCAUGCUUUAAGGAUGCACAGCCCCACUGAGAGGCAUAUGAUGUUGCAAGGAGGCAAUGGAGCUGGUGAUCCAGGACUUGUUCUCUCAACUGAUGCUAAGCCUAGACUAAAAUGGACACCAGAUCUUCAUGAAAGGUUCAUCGAAGCAGUCAAUCAACUCGGAGGAGCAGACAAAGCUACACCAAAAACAGUACUGAAACUAAUGGGGAUUCCUGGACUUACUCUCUACCACUUAAAGAGUCAUCUACAGCAGAAGUACAGGAUCAGUAAAAAUAUGCAUGGACAAACCAAUACUAGCAACAAUAAAAUUGCAUCAACCAUGGAAGCAGCAACCGGAAUUUCAGAAGCAAGUGGAGUUCAAAUGAAACAUUUAAGCAUAGGCCUCCAGACAAACAAAAAUUCAGAAAUAAAUGAUGCAUUACAGAUGCAAAUUGAAGUACAAAGAAGACUACAUGAGCAGCUUGAGCAGGUACAGAGACACUUACAGCUAAGGAUAGAGGCACAAGGGAAGUACCUUCAGGCAGUGUUGGAAAAAGCACAAGAGACACUAGGAAGACAAAAUUUAGGCGCUGAGGGAGUUGAAGCAGCCAAAGUUCAACUAUCUGAACUGGCAUCCAGAGUAUCCCCUCAAAGCCUUGACUCUAAAUUUUCAGAACUGAAAGAAUUGCAGGUUUUGUGGCCUCAACAAACACAAGAAGGCCAAGCCACUGAUUGUUCAAUGGGAAGUUUCUUAAACUAUAGUGAGGAAUCUCAAAGAGACAGAGAAACACAUAGCAUGAACCUGAAUUUGAGAGCCUGUAAUGGCCCUCCAUUUUCAGUUUCAAAAGGGUGUGCAGAAGAGUCUAUGCAUUUAAAGCCUGAUUACAGAUUGUGUGAUGAAGUAAAGGAGAAUAUGAUGUUUCUUUCCUCAUCAAGUAAUAGUAAAGUAGUGAAGGGUGAUUUUUUAUCAGAGAGGCCAUCAAGCCUCUUGUCCAUGAAUGUAGGAGUUCAAGAAGAAGAAAAUUUUGGUAGAACAACGGUUCCAAAGGAAGAAGGUUGGAAGAGAAGAGAGAGCACUGAAACUGGAAGAGUGCCAGUUAAAUUGAACUACGAGAAGAUUUCUCAAGAUUAUAGACUUGCAAACUUUGAUGUGAAACUGGACCUGAAUUCCCAUGAUGAUAAUGAUGCUUCUUCCCACUGCCAACAGUUUGAUUUGAACGGUUUCAGCUGGAAUUGCUAGGACUUACCACAGUAUGUAACAUUUGGACAUGAAAGGCUAAGAAGGUUUCAUCUUUAGUUCCUACUCCAUAUGAGUUUUCAUUUUUGGUGAGUAACUUGCAUCAAGUUUUUGGCAUAAGCCAAUUACAACCCAUUGAAAAUAACUGAGAUGAACAGAAUAAUUCGCUCCAUCCAAUAUAGACUUGCAUGUAGAAUUACUAUGUACACUACAUCAAACAAAAGUGAGUAGAGUAUACACUAUGACCCUUUA